UAACCGACUCUCUUUUGCAAGGCAAGAAUCGCCGUUGUUUAGCGUUUUUUCUCCGAGAAAAUCGGGCAAGGAAUCCGUUUUUCUAAAUCCUCUCAAAAUCUUUCCUGAAUUUCGUAAUCCACACUUUUCUCUCUCUGUUUCUUUCUUUUUCUUUUCAAUUUCUUGUUUGGAUUUCGAUUUCAAUUUGGAGGAUUUGGAUUUCCGAUUCAACAAUCAUAUAUUGGAGGUUUAAAUUAUGCAGCGACUCGUCGACACCGUCCUGGCUGUGGCCAAAGAUGCAGGUCGGUGAAGACGUUCACUUACGAGUCUCUGCAUAAUAUUGUGAGGCUGAUAAAUGGAUUUUCGGCACUUUUGUUGACAUUUUUGCCAGGGAAAGCAAAUAUUCUUGAAGGUAUUCAUGGCUGGGAGCUUAGGCCAACUUUUCGUGGACCUCGAUUCCCUCGCUGGAUGGACAAUGGGGUGUCCUCUUUCAACAAAUUCAUUCAUGAACUGUCCGUGGAUUCUGGUACAUCAAGCCCAGAUUACUCAUCAGCAGAAGAGGAUGGUGAUGCAGUAUGUCCUCCGUCACCGUCUUCUUAUAGUUCACGAAUCUCCCGUGCCAGUUCUUUCACCAGGAAUGGUGGACACUCAACAGGAUUUAUUAUGCUCUUAUUCUCUUGGAUUCUCUUUCCCGUGAGGUUUCUGCUGGGAAUACCAUUAUGGCUUUGUCAUUUAUUUUACAAAAGGGGGUCAACAACCUACUUAACGAGGGGAAGCAACAAGCCUUCACGAUUGCAUUCAAUUAGAAGAAUGCAUGUUCCAAAGGAUCAUGUUAUUCAUCGUGCCACUGACAGGAGACGUGGAGUCAUUGAGGAUCUUCAUUUGGCUAUUGAGAUAUUCAUAGAGGCUAUAUUUGAUUUUUUUCACAAAGCUGCACAUCUUGUUCUUUCACCAUCAGAAGUUUUGAGAGUACUGUAUAGAUGGUUUUCAUAUCAGAGCAGCGGCAACGAAGACAUUUGCAAUAGCAUUUCAGAUGAGUCUGUCCCUACAGCUACACUUGGAGAGGAUGAUCCAGCUAUUACAGAAAAGAAAACUACUUUCCAACAGUCUCUAAAUACAGAUGCGAGGACAUGUCAGGAUGUCAUAACAGAGCUUGGGUACCCAUAUGAAGCCAUUCGGGUGAUCACUUCUGAUGGAUAUGUUCUUCUUUUAGAAAGGAUACCUAGGCGUGAUUCACGGAAAGCUGUUUACCUUCAGCAUGGGAUCUUGGAUUCAGCCAUGGGAUGGGUGUCUAAUGGGGUUGUUGGUUCUCCUGCUUUUGCAGCAUAUGAUCAAGGAUAUGAUGUUUUCCUAGGGAAUUUUCGAGGUUUAGUUUCUCGGGAACAUGUUGACAAGAACAUUUCCUCACGGAAGUAUUGGCAGUAUUCCAUCAAUGAGCAUGGCACUGAGGAUAUUCCAGCAAUGAUAGAGAAAAUCCACCAAGUUAAAACUGCGGAACUGAAGAUUAGCCAGCCUGAUCUUGAGGAAGAAAUAAACGGUGAUCAGCCUUACAAACUCUGCGCAAUUUGCCAUAGCUUGGGAGGAGCCGGCAUGCUCAUGUAUGUUAUAACGCGUCGUAUUGACGAAAAGCCGCACAGACUGUCCAGAUUGAUUUGUUUGUCACCUGCUGGUUUCCAUCAUGACUCCAAUCUAGCAUUUACAGCUGCAGAGUAUCUGCUCCUUGUGCUAGCCCCUAUUCUGGCACCUAUUGUUCCCGGCAUAUACAUACCAACAAGAUUCUUCCGGAUGUUGCUAAACAAGUUGGCUCGGGAUUUCCACAACUACCCUGCAGUUGGAGGACUGGUUCAAACCUUAAUGAGUUAUGGUGCUGGUGGAGACAGCUCAAACUGGGUAGGAGUAUUAGGGUUGCCACACUACAAUAUGAAUGACAUGCCCGGACUAUCAUUGUAUGUGGCCCACCAUCUUGCACAAAUGAAACAUGCAAAGAAAUUUAUAAUGUAUGAUUAUGGAAGUGCAUCUGCCAAUAUGAAGGUGUACGGAUCACCGAAGCCUUUGGACUUGGGCGAAUUCUAUGGACUUAUUGAUAUUCCUGUGGAUUUGGUUGCUGGGAAGAAGGACAAUGUGAUUCGGCCUUCGAUGGUCCAACAGCAUUAUAGGUUAAUGAAGGAUGCAGGUGUGGAUGUAUCAUAUAGCGAGUUUGAAUAUGCUCACUUGGACUUCACAUUUUCCCACCAUGAAGAGUUGUUAGCCUAUGUGAUGUCCGCUCUGAAGCAAGCAUUUAAUCAGAAGACCUCAAAGUUGAAGAGAAAAGGGCAGACACAUACUUCUUAAUGGAUGAACUAUAUACAUGUUGUAUCUUUAGAAACAAUGUUGUAUAUGAUUGAGUGGGUAACUGAAUAGAUCCAAUUAGAUCUAUCUAUACACCUUCCAGUCCAGUGUAAUUAUUGAUAGAGCAGCAGAAUGUGUAAGCUCCGUGGGGAAAUAUGAUUCACAUCCCAAUCGGAAGUUGCAGUCAAAACUUGUAUAUUUGAUGUAGGAGAGUUGCCUGUUGGUGCUCUGUAACAUUUGUAUUGCAGAGAAAUGAUUUCUGAAUGUCGAUGUCUCUCUCUUUUUCUUUUUUU